UGCUGUCCAGUAUGAUAACGUUACGAAAACACAUGCACGUGUUUCUGCAGAUAAACUAAUGCGAAUAAAGAUAGAUGAUGAUUAAAACAGUGGAGUGAAGCUGUUAAAAUCGCGUUAACACUCCAGGUGAAUGAUAAACAUGGAUUUCCUGAACAGACCCACUGUGGCAGAGGACGCGGUUCAGUACCGACUCUUUUUGCUCCAUUCGGACCCUCUGGAUGUUGAGGAGAAGAAGCGGUUCCUCUUGCGGCUCCUAGAGGGUGUCUUGGCCGAGGUCGCUGCUCUGAUGGUCCGAUACAUUUGGCAGAAGCAACCUUUUAAUCUCAGCUUUCAUCCAGAGAAAGGGGGCGUCCCGGCUCAUCUGGGCGGUAUCACGGAAUAUGGUGACAACGUGGAUGAUGAGUGGUUCAUCGUUUAUUUGCUCAAACACAUCACACACACGUUCAGUGAACUGGUUGCCAGCGUCCAGGACAACGAUGGACAGUUUCUUCUGAUCGAAGCAGCCGAGUACCUGCCCAAGUGGCUAGAUCCUGACAGCAGCGAAAACAGGGUGUUCUUGUACCAUGGAGAGCUGCACAUUUUGCCCAGUCGUGUGCGUGCUGGAGAAGCGGGAUGGCCUCGAGACUCUGUGCCGUCGAUACCAGAGGCUCUGGAAGUGCUGCAUGCACACGGCGAGCGUUGCUUGGCUGAUCACCGUAUACGAGCUGCACUAGAUCGUCGACUGCAGGGGUACCCAGGAAAAAUCCAGACCGGUCUCCAUCACGCACAUUGUUACGUACCUGCAGGUGUAGCAGUGGUGUUGUCACGGAGACCAGACCUUGUGGCUCCAGCUGUUUCUGCAUUUUACCUGCGUGAUCCUGUUGACCUUCAAGCCUGCAGAACUUUCCGGAACUUUCCCCCUGAAUCCAGAAUCCUCACAAUGGUGACGUUCACUCGUUGUCUUUACGCUCAGCUGCAGCAGCAGAGUUUCGUCCCUGACAGAAGGAGUGGAUUCACUCUGCCCCCUCCAUCACACUCUCAAUACAAAGCUCACCAACUCGGCAUGAAGCUGGCUCACGGGUUCGAGAUCCUGUGCAGUAAAAGUGGCCGCACGGCGACGCACCCUGAGGCUCCCGUGAUCUCCGACCCGCUCUGGAAAGGUUUCCUGGAAAGCCUGAAGAGGAACGGUUACUUUAAGGAGGAACUGGAAGGUUCGGUCCGCUACAGAGAGCUCAUGAAGGCAGCCGAGAGUUUCUUUAAGCAGUCUCUCUCCAGCUCGCAGACUUGUGUUAAAGGUCCAGGUGAGGAGGUGUUGCAGGUGUUAGAGAGCGCCCCCUACAGUCUAGACGAACUGAAGAAACAUGAAGCUCACCUCCCACCAGAAGACAGUGAUGACUGGAUAAACCUCACCCCAGAUGAGCUUGAGAGGUUGCUGGAGGAAAGAGGGGGUCAAAGGUCAAGUAAGGGUCAAGGAGUCACAUGUAGAGCAGGAAGAAGUGAGGAAGAGGAGGAGAAGCAGCAGGAUGAAGAGGAAGCUGGAUUUACUCUAGUGGCUGUGACACAGGGGAUGAAGGACUUCAUAAACGCCAUGUCGUCACACGAGGGAGCUGAAUUCCCACGGUCGUGUUUGUCGGAGCCGUUCAGUUUCGAUGCCGACGCCGUGACAGGUGCCGUGGACAAACUGCUCGGUGGUAAAGAUGAGGAGCUGGACUCGGAUGAUUUUGAUGAAGAUGAAGAUGAUGAUGAUGAUAAUGAUGGCGAUGAUGAAGCAGAGGGAGAAGGAUCUGAAGAGCAAACAGAGACGUUGGACAAUCUGAGGAGAUACAUGGACGAGAUGGACCGGGAGCUUCGAAGCACCAACGUCGGACAGAGUUUCGCGUACAACGGCAAACAGGGCGGCGACACAAGCGCAGACACAGCAGGAAGCUCCGCGCAGACCGAAGACGAUCUCCAGCCCUUAGACGUGGACAUCAACCUGGUAACCAAUUUGCUGGAGUCACUGUCUUCUCAGGCCGGUCUCGCCGGACCCGCUUCCAAUCUGCUGCACAGCCUCGGCUUGCGUUUGCCCCCUAACUCUGAUCCCUCCUGAGGCCUCAACCUCAACCAGCCCGAAUAAGCACUUAUAUACAAAAUCGCAUCUGAUCUCUUUACAGGAAAUUGUAAAUAUGGGCAAUAUAUUUGUAGUGCGCUACUCCAUGAUAUAACCAAGUGUGUAUUUUUGUACCUGAUGUCAAAUAAAGCACUUGUUCAACA